CUUUUCCCUCGGGUCCUGAAGCAAGAUGGCCAAACGCACCAAGAAGGUUGGCAUUGUGGGUAAAUAUGGGACCCGUUACGGUGCUUCCUUAAGGAAGAUGGUCAAAAAAAUUGAAAUCAGCCAGCACGCCAAAUACACCUGCUCAUUCUGUGGCAAGACCAAGAUGAAGAGAAAGGCUGUUGGAAUCUGGCACUGUGGAUCUUGCAUGAAAAUUGUAGCUGGAGGAGCCUGGACCUACAACACCACCUCCGCUGUCACAGUCAAAUCUGCCAUCAGAAGACUGAAGGAACUGAAAGACCAGUAAACACCACUUGUUCUUGAAACCAGUAAUAUUCCAUCUGUUUUUCUGGACUGUUGUCAAUAAAAUUUGUUCUGUAAAUGAA